UUCACGGUGGUAGAUCGGGUACUGAAAGCCCUAGGGGGUCUACGGUGGUGUCCUUUGAGGAAAGCUGCCCGUCGGCAAUGUAUCGCAUGGAUCCUCGAACGUCAGGAACCCGAAGGAGAUAUCGGAGGGAUCUUCCCCCCAUUGCAUGCUGCGCUCUUCGCCUUGACUCUGGAGGGAUAUGACCUCAAGUCCAGCCCUGUCAGACGAGGCAUUGAAGCUCUCCAAAAUACCUACGCCUGGAGAGACACGAACGGACUACGAAUGCAAGGCUGCAUCUCACCCAUCUGGGACACCAUCCUCAUGACCAUCGGUUUAAUAGACUCCGGGUUACCAACUACAAGUCCCUACAUUAUACGAUCAUCCCAGUACCUCAAGGCCCGGCAACAGCUCGGUCCCGAAGGCGACUGGCGAGUAUAUAAUCGUAAUGUCCCCCCCGGAGGCUUCAGCUUCGAGUACUACAACUCGUGGUAUCCCGAUAUCGACGACACCGCCGCCACAAUCCUCGCUCUAGUGAAACAAGACCCGGGCCUAAUGGACCUAAACCCCAUACUCUCUGCGAUUCACUGGAUCCUGGGAUUGCAGAACCGCGACGGCGGAUGGGCGGCAUUCGAUUGCGAGAACAACUACCUCUUCCUGAAUAAAAUCCCCUUCAGUGACAUGGACAGCUUCUGUGACCCCUCAACCGCCGAUGUAACAGGCCGUGUGCUUGAAGCGUUCGGGCUGUUCACGAAGAGAGCCGUUCAACCAUCCAAAAGCGGCAAAAGACCUAUCCCCAAGGAGUUCAUCAACAAAAUAGCUUCAGCAACUGCGCGGGCAAUCAAUUUUCUCUCCACAGAGCAGGAGCCAAACGGAUCAUGGUACGGUCGCUGGGGAUCGAACUACAUUUACGGAACGAGUACAGUACUAUGUGGGUUAGCAUACCAUCAACAAUUCCAUCUCGAUGAUUGGGACGAUACAUAUCCAAGCAUGAAGCAAAACAGGCACAACAACAACAACGUUGACAUUCCCGCCGCCUUGAACUGGCUCAUAAAAGCCCAAAAUACCGAUGGUGCUGCUAAUGGACCAUCCACACCAUCCCAGACGGCCUGGGCCUUGAUGGGCUUGUUGGCAUAUUUACCCCCGACCAAUGCAGCGAUCACUCGAGGCAUUCAAUAUCUGACCCAAACGCAGGUUCGAGAGGGGCAGCUCGCCGGGUCGUGGAAAGAGGAGCAUUAUACUGGGACCGGCUUUCCUAACCAUUUUUACCUUUGCUAUACCCUUUACUCUCAGUACUUUCCUAUGAUGGCGUUGGGUCGGUAUACCAGCCUCUCUGGGUACCGGCCCCUGGAAGAUCUGGACGGUUUGGUGGGGGCUGGGGGCUUUGGGGCCCACGGUGUCUGA